CCAGAGUUCCGGUCUCGCAAACUCUAGCAUGACUUGUACGAGUCCUCAAAAGGCUUCUUCUUCUUCUUUCCUUUCCUUCAGUUCCAGCUCUCCCUGGAAGUACCAGGUGUUCCUGAGCUUCACAUGUGAAGAUAAUCACAAAAAUUUUGUUGGUUGUUUUUAUAACAAGUUGAUCCAAAAAGGCAUAAACACCAUCAAAGAUAAUGGAAAACGAGAGGGAGACAAAUCAUUUUCACCAGAUCUUAAAGCCGUUGAAGAAUCAAGAUUUUUGGUCGUUGUCCUCUCUGAAAACUAUGUUUCUUCGUCUCGGUGCUUGGAUGAACUUGUCAAGAUCAUGGAAUGCUGGGAGAGAAAUAAUUGGCAAGUAGUUGUGCCCAUUUUUUAUAACGUUGAUCCAUCUGCUCUAAUUGACCAGAUCACUGCGGCAGUAGCCUCUGUAAUGCACGAAGAAAAUUUCAUGGAGGAGGGGGAAAAAAUGCAAAGAUGGAGGGAAGCUUUAACAAAAGCGGUCACCAUAACAUAUGGUUGGGAUUCACGCGGAUGGAAGGAGACAACGUUCAUAGAGAAAAUUGUAAAAGAUAUUUCAGAUAAAUUACAUUAUACAUCAUCAAGAGAUACUGAACACCUGGUUGGAAUGGGUACCCACAUAACAGAAAUGGAAAAGAUAUUAUGCUUGGAGUCGAAUGCUGUCCAUAUGGUAGGAAUCUGGGGCAUGGGUGGCAUAGGAAAAACAACAAUUGCCAAGUUUAUUUAUGACAGGAUUUGUAACCAAUUUCAAGUUCAUUGCUUUCUUGCAAAUGUUAAAGAGGAUUUCAGAAACCUUGGCGCUGCAGCUUUACGAGAGAAACUUCUUUGCAAAGGCUUAUUGCUAGAAAGAAAACUUCUGAAUAGAUGGACCUUUAAUGCUGGUUUUAAUAUGAUCAAGAAAAGGCUGUGUCACAAAAAGGUUCUUGUUGUUCUUGAUGAUGUGGAUGAUUGGAAGCAGUUGGAAAUCUUAGUCAAUGGAUCUGAUUGGUUCGGUCCAGGAAGUAGGAUCAUCAUCACCACUCGCGAUAAACACUUGCUAGAAGCACAUGGAGUGAAGAAUAUAUAUCAGGUUUUAUAUCUGAAUAACGAUCAAGCUCUUCAGCUGUUUAGUCAAUAUGCAUUCAAACAAAACAAUCCCAGAAUGGAGUACUUAGAGCUCUCAGAACAGAUAUCAUUUUAUGCUAAAGGUCUACCCUUGGCUCUGAAGGUGUUGGGUUCUUCUCUUAAUGACAAAAGCAUACUCGAGUGGCAAACUGUUCAAGAUAAACUCGCAAUAAUUCCUGACUUGAGAAUUCAUGAUGUGCUAAGAAUAAGCUUUGAUGAUUUGGAUGAUACACAAAGAGAUGUAUUUCUUGAUAUUGCAUGCUUUUUCAAUGGUUGGGGCAUGAAAAUUGCAAGAGAUAUUCUAGAAUGUUGCGGUUUCUUUCCAGAGAUAGCAUUUGCAGUUCUCAAGGACAAAGCUCUUAUAACCACUCCAGAUAAUAUGUUGUUGAUGCAUGAUAUGUUACAGGAAAUGGGUCAGGAAAUUGUACAACAGCAAUCCAAGGAAUACCCUGGAGAAAUUAGUAGGUUGUGGAUUCCUGAGGAUAUUUACCAAGUAUUAACAACAGAAAGGGGGACUAGAACAAUUGAAGCCAUAUCCAUGGACAUGUCCAAAGCAAGAGAGAUGCACUUGCAACCCAGCGCCUUUACAAGGAUGAACCACCUUAGAUUGCUCAAUUUCUAUCUGUUUAAUUCAUCUACAAGCUCUAAAGCUAAAGUGCACCUUCCUCAUGGCCUUCAAUAUCUUUCUCAUCAGCUGAGGUAUCUCCACUGGCAUGGAUUUCCGAUGAAAUCUUUGCCGUCAAAUUUUUGCACUGCGAAGCUUGUCGCUCUUGAGCUACCUCACUGUAAAUCUGAACAACUUUGGACGGGAAUACAGCCUCUUGUGAAUUUAAAAAGGAUUAGCCUACAAGAGAGCGAAUACUUGACUACUAUUCCAGAUCUCUCAGAGGCCAAAAAUAUUGAGCGUAUUGAUCUUCAAGGUUGUAAAAGUUUGGUUGAGCUUCCCUUAUCUAUUCAGUAUCUUAGCAAGUUGGAGUACCUCAAUGUUAGACUUUGUGAAGCACUUAAAAAUCUUCCUUGCAGAAUUGACUCAAAAUUCCUCGGAGAAUUUCAUUUAACAAAGUGCUAUAAUGUCAAUUCAUGCCCAGAGAUUUCUGGAAAUUUGAAGUACUUAGAUUUGAGCUGGACGGCAGUAAAAGAACUACCUGCAUCAAUAUCUAAGUUGACGGAUCUUAAUUGUCUUGAUCUCACUGGAUGCUCAAAAAUCACCAAGUUUCAUGCUGAUACUUUAGUGUUUGUAAAACACCUAUAUCUCUGUGGGACUGCAAUUGAAGAGGUGCCCCAAUCAAUCAAAUUUCUUACUGGACUUGUUACAUUGAAGCUGAAGAGCAACAAAAAGCUAUCAAGUCUCUCAAGCAGCAUCUGCAAGUUGAGAUCUCUACAAACUCUUGAUCUAUCAGGUUGCUCAAAAUUUGAGUGUUUCCCAGAAAUCUUGGAGCCAAUGGAAGUUCUUGCUGUUCUUAGAUUGAGUCAAACGGCUAUAAAAUAUUUACCCUCAUCUAUUGAACAUGUAAAGUUUCUUGUAACUUUGCAUUUGGAUGGGUGCAAAAACCUUGUGAGCCUUCCAGGCAAUAUCCAUCAGCUUUCUAAACUGCACGAUGUCGACUUGAGAUAUUGCAAGAGUCUUCAUUCUCUACCACAGCUUCCAUCAUCUCUAAUACUUUUAAAGGCGAAUAACUGUGAAUCACUCAAAACCUUAUCAAUCAGAAGCAAAUGUAAUUUUUCAUACAUCCACUUUGCAAAUUGCUUCAAACUGGAUCUAAAGGCAGAUGCUCAUUUGGCAAUUCAGCUGAUGGCAAGCAAGUUCUGCGAGGGUGGAAAUCAAUCAAGAAUUCUUUUUCCAGGAGUUGAAAUUCCACAAUGGUUUCAUAAUCAAAAUGUGGGAUCAUUAGUAACUGUACAGUUGCCCUCACAUAGGCAUCAGUUCAAGGGAAUUGCUUUCUGCAUUGUCAUAGCAUUAGAGAGAUCCCAAAGCCUGCCAGAAAUCAUUUUCCCAAUUGAUUGUUGGAUAAAUUGUGAAUGCCGAGUCAAAGCAGAUAAUUUUGAAGGAAAUGCUGUCAUACGUAAUUGGCAAUGCUUUGGCAUUGAUGUCCAUUUACUCGAGUCAGAUCAUGUGUUGUUAUGGUAUGAUCCGUAUUCAGAAGCAUCACAAACUGGCUUAAUGAAUGAAGAAGGCUGGUUCAACAAGUAUUCUGGUCAUGAGGUUUCAUUUGAUUUUUGCUUUAAAGGGCUGCCAGAACUUAUUCAUAUGCUGCAUUGCAAUAUCAAGAAGUGUGGAGUACGUCUUCUAUACGUUGAGGCCAAAACCAAAUCCAGCAGGAUGUUCGACUCUGACAAUGAGGAAGAGGAAUCGAAUUCUAAAAGGAUCAAAUAUUCAGAUGAUCAGGAAGUGAGUUUUCAAGUUUGAAUCUCUGAUCCCUUAUAUUAUGGGACAAGAACCUUGCAUUAUCAUUUGUCAAUGAAAAAAAUGGAUCAAGUUGUUGGGUUAUUGGUUCUCGCCCAUGUGGGAAAAACCAAUUAAAUUAAUAAACAUUGUUAUUAUAAAAAAAAAAGAAGUCAAGGAGAUUAGCAGGAAAAAAUUAAUAUUUUGUGAGUUUUCAUGUCACAUUAAUUAGGGUAGCUACAAAUUUUAUUUUUGGAGAAAAUUUCGAAGAGAAAAAAGAAGUAGAGAAAAAUACAUUAGAGAGAAUUUUGCAUUUUUGUGUGCUGAAACCACCUUCACUCUUUUGGCCUUUGAGAGUUCGUUAACUGUUAGAUCGAGCUCAAAUUUUGUCUACAUAUUUCUGAUAUCCGGUUCUUCAGUUUGAACAGUGGAGAUGGAGAUUGGAGACUUCUAGCCUAGUGAUUGGGUCACGAAUUGUGUCAUCCGGUUUGGAGUAUUUCUUCUCUUUAUUCUCCAUUUCUCUUGUAUUUAAUCUCUUUGUUGUUGAUAUUAUUUGGUGAAUCUAUUGUGAAACCUUUUGAAGAGUGUUUGUAAUCUUAUUUUGGUGAUAGUGGAAAUUUGAGGCUGGACUCUUCCCGUGGUUUUCCUCUUCACUUUGGAGA